UGAGGGUAGAGCAGGGAAGUCUGGACUGGUUUCUAAAUUAUUUUUUAAUAAAUAUUAUGCUAAGCCUAAGAAACAAAAAUCAGGUUCUAAUUGGUGGGAUGGGUAUAAAAGGUAUGAAAUAGUUCUUUUUGAUAAAUGGUAUAUGUCAAUGAAUUGGAAUGAUAUUGUAAAAUAUUUGAAUGAUACACCUGAGAAUGUUGAGCAAAAAGGCAAGUCUUUUAUGCCUUUUCUUGCUAAAUAUGUAAUUAUGACCUCUCACAGGCCGCAAGAAGAAGCAUUUAAUUUUCGACGACAUAAUGCAAAUGAUGAAAUGUCAACUCAACAUGAUUGGGGCGGCGUCUUGAUUUCAUUAUCAAAUUCUGGGGUAUAUAGUUCAGAGGAAGAAUUUCGAAACAUGACAUGGGAUGUCAAAUAUUGUAAAGGUGAAUUUACAUCUGAGGAGCUAAAAGCUGUAGUACAAGAAUUAAACAAGAAUUAA